CGCUAUUACACCAACCUCCACCGAACGUCUCACAGUACGACAGUUGCCACAAUGUCCGACGAUGAGAUGAAUAUUGACGAAGUUGCCUCUGGAGGAGCCGUCAAACGAAAAGGAAGAGGUUUUCAAAACUCCGGAGGAGGGAAUGAAGCGAGCACAGGCACAGAGCCCACUUACGACCGCGUAGAAACACAUACGAAGGACACCGACUCGAAGGCAGCACGAUCCGUUGAAGGAUGGAUCGUUCUUGUCACAAAUGUGCACGAGGAAGCCACCGAGGAAGAAGUGACCGACAAGUUUGCGGAAUACGGAGAAAUAAAAAACCUCCAUCUGAAUCUAGAUCGAAGAACGGGUUACGUUAAGGGCUAUGCUCUUGUUGAAUACGAAACCAUGACUGAAGCCCAAGCAGCGAUUGAUGGCGCGUCGGGAUCUACUUUCCUCGAACAAACAGUUCAAUGUGAUUACGCAUUCGUCCGCCCGCCACCCUCUGGUCCAAAAAGAGGACGCGGUGCCCGUGGUCGAAGUGCUAGUCCCAGUCGACGUCGAUAAUUUAUCUGCCUUCCAAUCUGUACUCACUUUUCCUUACUUUGUAGUCGGCCAGAAAUUUGAUGAAUGCUUAGUUUCACGUUGGAC